AAAACUCAGUGCAAUUAACAAUAGACAUAACUCUACGACAAAGAGUUUUACGGAAAAAGAUAAUAAUAAAGACAUAAAAGAAGAGAGUUUUAGUGAAAAUUGCAUACAAGUCAACAUAAAUAGUGAUGAUCCUGGUGAUUAUGAAGACACACAAAUACCUGUUCCACCGCCCGAUGGUGGGUUUGGAUGGGUAGUAGUGUUCGCCUCAUUUAUGUGUAACUUCAUAGUGGAUGGUAUUAUAUUCUCAUUCGGAAUACUGUUAUUAGAAAUAUCUGAAGAAUUUCAUGAAACCAAAGCCAAUACGGCGUGGAUUGGCUCACUUCAGGGCGGUUUCUAUUUAUUAUUAGGUCCUAUAGUGAGUGCAUUGGCCAAUGUGUACGGGUGUCGGGCGACUGCUAUAUUCGGCAGUGUUGUGGCCGCCACUGGAUUUAUACUCUCAUAUUUUGCUCAAAAUGUAGUCACACUUUACAUUACUUUUGGACUCUUAGGGGGCAUAGGCUUUGGUUUUAUUUUUCUUCCGGCGAUAGUAAUCGUUGGCUUUUAUUUCGAAAAGCGUCGGGCGUUUGCCACAGGAGUGGCUGUUUGUGGUUCAGGAAUCGGUGCCUUCGUGUUGGCGCCGGUCACUCAACUGCUGGUCGAGUUGUUUGGAUGGCGCGGAUGUGUCCUUAUAUUAGCGGGAAUUACACUCAAUUGUGCCGUUUUUAGCUCAUUGUUCAGACCCGUCGAAGACACCAGAUAUGAGAAUCGGUUACAAAAGCCAUUACUAAUUCGCAUCAAAGAGGCCAGGGAUGCGCUCUGGAGUGAAUCCGACAACGAAGAAGUGGAUGAGGAGUCCCCCACUGCCAGUCACAACAGCGCUCCUCCACCUUAUUCCCAAAUUGUAGACAUCGUCUCAAACAACAACUCUUUAGACAAUUCUUCGCAGAAAUAUGAGAUACAGAGGGACUCAUUGAAACCCCCGGAAGAGAUGCACUCAAGACUUCGCACCAAAAGUGAACUAAUGAGACAAGAAAUGAUUUCCAGUGCAAUGAGUCUCGUUUUGGUCAGACGGGCAUCAAAUACAUUGAGUCAGGUGUUAGACAAGAGCGCCAACCGGUUGUCUUCAAUCAAAUCAAUCAAUGAAUCAAAAGAGAAGUCAUCACAAGAAGGAUCUCAAGAAUUGUCUCAAUCGAAGAAAACUAUAACUUCUAUAAAGGAUAGCAACGAAUCGGUGGACGAGUCGUCCAAAUCGUGUUUUUCUACUUUUGAUUUCACGGAAACGUUUGAUUUGACUCUUCUCUCGAGUCCAUCGUUUCUAUUGCUGUCUUUGAGUGGAUUUCUUUGUUUGACUGGUUUUUUCAUACCAUUCAUGUAUAUCGCAGAUCGGGCUAAACUCUUGGGCUAUACACCAGAAAAAAGCGCUUUUCUGUUAUCAAUGAUUGGCAUAACCAAUACUAUCGGUCGUGUAUUUUGUGGUUGGGUUUCCGACAGACCGCAAGUGAAUGCCUUACUCAUCAACAACGUGGCCCUCACUAUCGGCGGCUCAGCCACUAUACUGUCGCCCAUCGUUUGCAACACUUACCUAACGCUUAUCAUAUAUUCUGCUAUUUUCGGUUUUUCAAUCGCCUGUUUCGCAGCCCUCCGUUCCGUAAUAACUGUUGAACUCUUGGGUUUAGAGCGACUGACCAAUGCUUUCGGACUUUUAUUGAUGUUUCAGGGAAUAGCUGUUGUUAUAGGCUCACCGAUAGCAGGUUGGUUUUUCGACAUAACGGGCUCAUACGAUAACUCGUUUUAUUUGUCGGGCUCUGCCAUCGCAUUGUCGGGAAUCAUGUGUUUCCCGUUAUCCGCGAUCUCGAAGUGGGAAAAGGGAAAGCCUGGCUUUGGGGCCAUUAACUAACUUAUACUCAUAGCUCAUACCAAAGUACAAUCAUUUUGAAC